UGGCGAGCGGCCGCCCGCGCCGUCAGCCCGCACCCCGCGCCCCCCGCGCUGCCCCCCGGCGCCGCCGGGCCCCGCGCCGCGCCCCGCCGCUUCUGGGGCUCCUACCGGCCCCACGUCUACUUCGGCAUGAAGACCCGCAGCCCCCGCGCCGUCGUCACCGGGCUGAUGUGGCUGCAGCAGCGGGAGGCGGGGGGCGGCCUGCGGCACACGUGCGAGCAGGGCGACGGGCUGGCGAGCUACGGCUGGCUGCGGCACGACGGCGACAACUUCGGGGUGCAGGACGUGCGCGACCGCGGGCUGCUGCUGCGCACCGAGUUCGUCAAGCGGCCCGGCGGGGAGCACGGCGGGGACUGGAGCUGGCACGUCACCGCCCGGCCCGAGGGCGCGGGCAGCCCGGCCUCCCUCGUCUCCCUCUUCUUCUACGUGGCCACGGACGGGCAGGGGACGCUGCGGCCACACGUGGAGGACAGGACGCGGCUGGCCGCCGUGACCGGGACGUCCGAGGAGCUGGGCGACUUCAAGAUCACCUUCCUCAGGCCCACCACGGAGAGCGGGCAGGACCCCAAGUACAGCAGCUACCACUACCUGGACGCGUGGAGCCCGGGGCUGCACCGCCUCACCGACGUGGUGCAGAGCAGCCUGAGCGACCGCUUCGUCUUCUCCCCGCCGGGCGGGCCCCGGCAGCGCUUCCUGGCCGUGGACACCUUCCGCGGGCUGCCGGGAGCGGCGGAGGCCCCGCGCAGCCACCUGCUGCUGCACCAGGUGACGCUGCGGCUGCCGGCCCGCGUGGAGGUGACCUUCGAGUCGGGCAGCGUGCGGGACCGGCGCGGCCCGCUGGUGGGGCCGGCGCUGACGGCGGAGCUGGCGCGGCACGAGGCCGCCUUCGAGCGGCGCUUCGAGGAGACCUUCGCCCUGGAGCGCAAGGGCUUCCCGCCCGCCCAGCGCCGCUUCGCCCAGGCCGCCCUCAGCAACAUGCUGGGCGGGAUGGGCUACUUCCACGGGCACUCCCUGGUGCAGUCCCCGCUGCACGAGCACCCCGUGCCUUACCCCGAGAGCUCCCUCUUCACCGCCGUGCCCUCCCGCUCCUUCUUCCCCCGCGGCUUCCUCUGGGACGAGGGCUUCCACCAGCUGCUGCUGGCGCGCUGGGACCCCGAGCUGAGCCGCGAGGUGAUCGCGCACUGGUUCGACCUGAUGAACGCGGAGGGCUGGAUCCCGCGGGAGCAGAUCCUGGGCGAGGAGGCGCGCGCCAAGGUGCCCCCCGAGUUCGUCGUGCAGCACAGCGAGACCGCCAACCCCCCCACGCUCUUCCUGGCGCUGCAGCGGCUGCUGGGGACGGCCCCGCUGCCCUACCUGCGCCGCCUCUUCCCCCGCCUGCGCGCCUGGUACGAGUGGUACAACAGCACCCAGGCCGGGCCCCUGCCCUACACCUUCCGCUGGCGCGGCCGCGACACCGACCCCGAGCGCUUCCUCAACCCCAAGACGCUGGCGUCGGGGCUGGACGAUUACCCCCGCGCCUCGCACCCCUCGGCGGACGAGCGGCACCUCGACCUGCGCUGCUGGAUGGCGCUGGCCUCCCAGGUGCUGGCGGAGGCGGCCGAGCGGCUGGGGGAGCCGGCGGAGCCCUACCGGCAGAUGCAGCGGGCGCUGAGCGACAACGAGCUGCUGGAGCGGCUGCACUGGGCCGAGGAGCUGGGCGCCUUCGCCGACUACGGCAACCACAGCCGGGCGGUGGGGCUGCGGCGCGAGGCGGUGCGGGCGGCCCCCGGGCAGCCCCCCCCGGCCGCCCGGCUGGUGCGCGUGGUGCGCGAGGCGCCUCGGCCCCGCUUCGUGGGGGCGCUGGGCUACGUCAGCCUCUUCCCGCUGCUGCUGCAGCUGCUGCCCCCCGACUCGCCGCGCCUGGCCUCCGUGCUGGCCGCCAUGCGCAGCGAGCGGCAGCUCUGGACGCCCUUCGGCCUGCGCUCGCUCGCCCGCGACAGCCCCCUCUACAUGCAGCGCAACACGGAGCACGACCCCCCGUACUGGCGGGGCCCCGUCUGGGUCAACAUCAACUACCUGGCGCUGCGGGCGCUGCACGCCUACGGCAGCCGCCCCGGGCCCCACCGGGAGCAGGCGGCGGAGCUGUACCGCGAGCUGCGGCACAACCUCAUCACCAACCUGUACCGGCAGUACGCCGAGAGCGGCUACCUCUGGGAGCACUACAGCGACAGCACCGGCGCGGGGCAGGGCUCCCACCCCUUCACCGGCUGGUCGGCGCUGGUGGUGCUGGUGAUGGCCGAGGACUACUAGGGCAGGGUGCGCCGGGGGGGGCCCGGCUUUCUCAGGGGCAGGUGGAGGCGCCCCGGGCCUGGGGCUCGAGUCCUCCACCGACAAUAAACCUCGGCCGUGA